AUGAAGGGUCUUCCAUCUGAUGACCCACGUAGUUUCAUGCAGCAAGCCAACGUUCAUUGCGCUUACUGUAACCUUACUUUUGAAGAAACUGGACACGAAAACGUUAAACUUCAAAUUCACAACUGUUGGCUCUUCCUUCCUUGGCAUAGAUGGUACUUGUAUUUUUACGAAAGAAUUAUGGGGAAGUUGAUUGGUGACCCCCAUUUUGGUUUGCCUUAUUGGAACUGGGACAAUCCUCAUGGGGGCAUGACGAUGCCCGCCAUGUUUGUGGACCCUUGUUCAUCAUUGUUUGAUGAUAAGCGUAACCAGAAUCAUCUUCCGCCAAAACUCGUUGAUCUGGGCUACAGCCCGGGAGCCAACGAAAUCAAGCCUCCCGCAAAAGUGAUUCGUGACAACCUCUGCAUAGUGUAUACAGAUUUGGUUCGCGCAACAACACCUGAGUGCUUAUAUGGAAAACGUUAUGUUGCAGGAGAUCCGCCAUCCCCUGGAGCAGGAUCAGUGGAUCGUGGUUGUCGCAAUGCAGUACACCUGUGGGUUGGUGACCCAAGGCAGCCCACUCAAGAAGACAUGGGCAACUUUUACUCCACGGGUAGAGAACCCUUGUUCUUUAGCCACCACGCUAAUAUUGAUCGACUAUGCGUUGUCGUUCCACGGCCCAAAAAGUCGAGGAGCGCGCAAGAAAAGGAUGAAGAAGAAGAGCUUCUAGUCAUUGAAGGAAUAGAAGUGGAUACUGGAAAUUCCAUCAAGUUUGAUGUGUUCGUCAAUGAUAUUGAUAAUUUUGAUGAUUUUGACAAGGCUGAGUACGCUAGUACCUUCUCGCAGGUCCGCCAUAAGAACUCUUCAAACGUUAAGACUUCCAUUACGUUGGCAUUGAAUGAGCUUUUGGAGGUUGAAGAUGACGAUGAGAUACUCGUGUCUCUUCCAAAAGUUGGGGGUGAUGGCAUAACCAUUGGUGGUAUCAAGAUCACAUACUCUUCUAGAGCACCCGAAGAAAUCAGCAAUGUCUUCGCUCGACAUGAAAUUCUCAAAACCCUCGUCCAGCCGGGCUGGCAGCAGCCGAACCCUCUCCGAUUUGAACCGGCCCUCCGGUCAAGAUUCCGACAGCGACUAGGAUGGUCCCCAAUAGCAUUACACAGGCGGCGAAAAGAGUGGCAUGCUAGUUCAAGAUCCUUCAAAGGGUAA